AUGUCAGCGUUGAACCGCCACAGCAGCCACAGCAGCCACCACAGCAGCCACAGCAGGGCCGAGGAAGGGAACCAGCACAAGCGCUGCGGCUGCGGCACCAGCACCAGCACCAGCACCAGCACCAGCAUCAGCACCAGCAUCAGCAUCAGCACCAGCAUCAGCAUCAGCACCAGCAUCAGCAUCAGCACCAGCAUCCGACGCCACCGCCGAGUCAUCAGCUAG